AUGACAAGACCCGAAAUUAUUCGUGCUGACUCGAUUGAUCUCCAAGAUCGCGAAGCACCCUCCGCAAAGAACCAUACUGCCCGACCCAGUCCCCUCAACACCUCCCAGUCUGCCUCCAGCGGAACUGGCACCGCGCCGCACCAGGCCGAGACCCUGCGAGAGGUCGCAGCAGGACAAGCAGAGGAGGAACUUCGAAGCCCCCGAGUCUCCUGGACCAACGGCGGCGAAGCUGGCGACCUACAACAAUACGCCGAAGACUUGGCCGCCGGAGUCACCAGUUCCCUCACCGGCCAGAACGCCGCCAACAUGGCCGCACGCCAGCAAGAUGACCUCGCUGUCGCACAAAACGGUGGCUUGGAAACAGAGGACGCCGACUUGGACGGCGACGAUGGCGACCUGGAUGACGACGACAUGAUGGACAAGAUCUCGAGUUCGCCCUCUAUCGAUGAUGCGCCAGAGGACAAUGGACAAGAGAGCCUCAGGAGCAGUGGUCUCCCAGUUGGCCCACAUGGAAUCGGCCGCAGUCUACCAGAUACAGACGAUGGUAUCCGAAAUGCCCUGGACGACCUGCUCGACGGAAUACAAGCAUUGCAGAAAGACUUUGAGGCCGAGCAGGCGGGUGUUGACGAGGCCAUUGGAAUGGAAGAUGAGGUCUCCAGCACCGACGAUUUGAUUGUCACAUACGAGGGCUCCACCGACGAAGAUGAUGAUGACGACAAUUUCCUUGAGUCCAAUGAUCCCCGGUUCAUCGAUUCUGGUUGGGGCGGUGAGUGCUUACACGAUACAGAGGACAUCGAUUUCGAGCUCGUCUAUGCCCUACACACAUUCAUAGCGACCGUCGAAGGACAAGCGAACGCGACCAAGGGAGAUGCCAUGGUUUUGUUAGACGACAGCAACAGUUAUUGGUGGCUGGUUCGCGUGGUCAAGGAUAGCAGUAUUGGUUACCUACCGGCUGAGCAUAUCGAGACACCGACCGAGAGGCUUGCACGUUUGAAUAAGCACCGGAACAUCGAUUUGUCGGCAACCAUGCUGGGUGAUCAAUCCGACAAGACCAAAAAUCCAAUCAAGACGGCGAUGCGCCGGAGGAAGAAGAACGUUUCUUUCGCUGCUCCGACAUACGUAGACUACUCCGACUUCGAUUACGACACAGAAGAGGAGGAGGAAGCCGAGGCCGAAUUCUAUGCCCAACAGCAGCAGCAGCAACAACAGGCACAGCAGCAGUCCCAACAACAAACGGCUGCUACCAAGCAGACUACUGCGGACGAAACCGCCGCCAGUCAAGAGGCGGCACAAGUAGCGCCGCUUAGGCCGCGGGCGCAAAAGUCUGUACAGAUCGUGGACCCUGCCAACUCAGACUCGAAAGAGGAAUCACCCACUUCGGGCAAGGGCAAUCGAACCAGCGAGGAGAUAUUCGAGACGAAUGGCGUGGAAGGUCCGAAGAGGAAGGCCGACGGCACGGUCAGGGAUUCUUUCUUCAAGGACGACACGGUGGAGACUAAGAAGAUCACACUCACGCCUAAUUUACUGCGAGACGACGGAACUGUCAGAGCAUCAACGGACUCAGACAAGGGUGUAAAUAAGCGCCCGAGCUUCGACAAACUUGACAAGGAGAUCAGGGAAGAGAAGAAGGGCAAAGACAAGAAAGAGAAGGAGAAGAAGGGCGGUUUCCGGAGCUUAUUCUCGCGUAAGGAUAAGAAGCAGAAGGGUGGUGACGAUGACGAUUCUCUCGGGAAACGAUCCAUGGACGCGGUUUCGGAGGCGCCGGAGAGAGAAUCUGAGGACUUCAAUGACGACCAGGACAAGGCAGGUGCCUCACCACAGCGCAACCCGAGCAAAUUGCACAAGCAACAACCGCGGGUGGAACCUUCGCUAGCGAACAAGUCCGGUACUGUUCAGAGGGACGCUAAUGGUAUGGAUCUUUCAACGUUCCUGAAUGAAGGGAAGUUGAAGAAUGUCGCCAACGUGCCACCCGCGUCCAUGCGACUGGUCGAGCCAGAAACCCAGGACGCGCAGGACAAUGCGCAGGAUCAGCGGGGAUCCGAAGCUGUGCGGUCGAGCCAGGUGGACGACUCCAAGCCGGCCGCGUCUAGAUCAGCGGCUAGCCGGUCGGAGAGUGUUGAUGACAGUCCACCUCAGGCUACGACAGCGAAGUCACGCAUGCAGAUCGAGGACUCGGAUUCGGGCGAAGAUGAUUACAACGAGACACUCAGGCAGAUGUCAGCCUCGGGCAAGAAGACUCAAGAAAAGCCGCAGCAAGAGUCCCCCCAGCAGGACAGGACCCAGCAGGAGAAGCCGCAGCAGGAGAGCACACAGCAGGAAGAGCCCCAGCAGCAGAAGCCGUUCCGGCCCACGCUGCCGGGGGCCUUCCCAGACAGCUACAUGAGUACGCAGUCUGCUCAGUCCAACUCGACCAUCACGCCAGAACGAGCCGCGGAGGCUACUCAGCGACAGGACCGGUUGUCAGAAUCGCCAAUCGAGGUGUCACCGAUCACUCCGAGUGGGGACAAGCCCCCAGCCCUGGUCGGCGACACGUCAAGCCAAGAAGAUCACUCGUCACCGGUGUCGUCGCCGUCACCCGAACUGAUCGACAGAGAAGAGGCGGGUGGGACACACCGGAACCAGGAUUCUAUUACCACGUCCACCUCGACAACGACUGUAUCAAACUGGAAUGACACGAGCCUGCGGGAAUUCUUCGACUCAGGCACUGACAUCCGGGAUCUCCUUGUUGUGGUCUAUGACAAGACCGACGUUGAGCCAGUGGGGCCCGAACACCCAGUCGCCGGCACGCUGUUCAAAGAACAGAACGCCAAGCUGGCGGAGAUCACAACUCAACUUGACCACAUGCUUGGCGACUGGCUUGCGCGAAAGCAGCGGCUGCGAGGAACCGUGUAG